ACACGCGCUACCCGAUGCGAGCAGCAUUAUCGAUCAGCUGCAAAAUCAUGUCGACGCCGAACUGCGGCAUCAGCACAUCACUGCCAUGCUGCCCGCAUGGGGACAAUUCCUCGCCAAUGACUUGUACGAGGUGAGUCAGGUGUCGACAAACGCAAAGUGUUGCAAUGAAAAUGCCAACGCUAAGAAUCCGGAAGAGUUAGAGCAAUGCUAUGUGCGACGUGGCGUCGAUUGCAAGGAGUAUAAGCGCUCAGCGCCUGGCUAUGAUGCGGACGCGUGCGGAAAGCGUCAGCGCGAGCAAAUGAAUGUAGCCUCCUCGUAUAUCGAUGGUUCUGGUCUGUAUGGCGCUACUGCCAGUGAUAUGCAGGACUUGCGCACCUACAUUAGUGGUGGCGUCAAAGUUGGUUCAUGCAAAUAUUGUCAGCUGACCAGCGCUACUGGGGCGCUGCAUCGUGCUCUGCUGCAGGAACACAACAAUAUUGGCGAGCAGUUGGCGCACUUAAAUGCCGAUUGGUCGGAAGAGGAUGUCUUCUUAGAGGCGCGACGCAUUGUGACUGCACAAAUUCAACAUAUUACCUACAGUGAAUUCUUGCCGUUGGUUUUGGGUCAAGAGACAACUGCCAAAGAUGGCUUGAAACUCACUGCCGAAAAGCACUCAUCGAACUACUCGAGCACCAAUCAUGCUGGCGUUUAUAAUGAAGUCGCAAAUAGCGCCUUCCCCGCUUUCCUCACCAUGUAUCCACCAGAGAUGAUCUCGCAUUCCAUGUCCGCCACUCAGUUGCUUUCAGUGGCUGCGCUUCAGAAGUCUCUUAUCCCCGCCAUCAAAAAUGAGGACGGUUGGACCGAACUCGCUUUAGCCAUACACCGUGGUCGUGAUCAUGGCAUUCCUUCCUACCGCCAUGCUUUGGAUUUGUGCCAGGAACAAUACUCACCAUCGGACUCGGCGAACAUUACCUUCGAAACGUUGGCUAAGAUUUCGAAUAUUCCAGAGGAGCACAUCACCAGUUUGCGAGAUAUCUACCAAAGCGCCGAUGAUGUGGAUUUGUUGGUUGGUGCUCUGCUCGAGGACCCCGCCGUUGGCGCGCUCUUCGGUCCUACCAUUACCUGUCUGCUUACACGUCAAUUCGAGCUGUUGAAGAAGUCUGAUCGUUUCUGGUAUGAAAACGAUAUUCCUCCUUCAUCAUUUACUUUGGAACAGCUGAAAAGCAUCAGACAAACUACGCUCGCUGGCCUGCUCUGUACCUCAAAUCAGGUGGAGAAGGUACAAUCGAAGGCUUUCAUACGCGAAGAUAAUUUCUUAAACUCCGUACUCGACUGCGACCAAAUCGCUACAUUAGAUCUGCGUCCAUGGCGAUCAAGUAUCGAAUUAGAUGAGAUGCAUGAACACGUCGAAAUGGAGCCUGAAGUGAAAGAGGCAAUCAGCGAAAUCAAUAUUGAUCUUUUGGAAGCUGCCGUAGAACGCGCAAAGCUGGAACUAGAGGAACGCAAACGUUUCGAAUAUGAGUCUUGGCUAGCGAAUGGCGGCAUCAGCGCCAAGUCACCCGAUGGUGUGGCCGCUUCCUUCAGCAAGGCUAACCGCAAUGCACUCGCGCUCGCCAACUCUUCGCUCAUGUUCGAAUUGACUUCGAAUGAGAUUUUGAAUACACUCAACUCCAUUAAUCGUCGCAAACGUCAAACUUUUGACAGCAACUUCAAUCGCAAUGAACUCUCAGAAACUCUACAAACAAUCGACAUUAAUGCUAUACUUGGCGGGACCACGCAGCAAGUCAGCAGCGAUUGCGAUGAUCCACCAAUUGCGUGCGAUACUUCUUCACCCUUCCGCAGCGUCACCGGUUACUGCAAUAAUUUACGCAACCCGAACUGGGGCAAGUCGUUGACCACAUUCUCGCGUCUGCUGCCCUCCCAAUAUGACGAUGGCAUCUCCAAGGUACGUCUACUCUCGGUCACCGGUAGCCUGCUGCCGAAUCCACGCAGCAUCUCGACUGUCAUCCAUCCGGAUAUCUCCAACUUGCACACGCGCUACUCCCUCAUGGUCAUGCAGUUUGCUCAAAUCCUCGAUCACGAUCUUACAAUGACUCCCAUCCAUAAGGGUUUCCAUGAAUCUAUACCCAGCUGUCGUCCUUGCAAUUCACCGCAAACUGUGCAUCCUGAGUGCAAUCCAUUCCCUGUGCCACCGGGCGAUUACUUCUUCCCCGAAGUGAAUGUGACGAGCGGUGAACGUUUCUGCUUCCCGUCGAUGAGAUCGCUGCCCGGUCAAUUGGCUUUGGGUCCACGUGAACAGGUCAAUCAGAAUACGCACUUCUUGGAUGCCUCUAUGGUCUAUGGUGAGAACCAUUGUGUGGUUAAUAAGCUGCGUGGUUUCGGCGGUCGCUUGAACUCCACCAUCCGUUCGUUUGGCAAGGAAUUGUUGCCACAAUCCAAUUCGCAUCCCGAGUGCAAAUCGCGCAAUGGUCUCUGUUAUAUAGCUGGUGAUGAACGCGCUUCCGAACAGCCAGGUCUCACUGCUCUCCACACCAUCUUCAUGCGUGAACACAACCGCAUUGUCGAAGGACUACGUGGCGUGAAUCCACACUGGAAUAGCGAUCAAUUGUUCUUCCACGCGCGUCGCAUACUCACCGCCGAGUGGCAGCAUAUGGUGUUCAAUGAGUUCUUGCCACGCGUGCUCAGCUGGAACGCUGUGAAUUUGUAUGGCUUGAAAUUACUGCCUCAAGGCUACUACAAGGACUACAAUCCCUCAUGCAGCCCGAUUAUUUUCAACGAAUUCGCUGCUGCCGCCUUCCGUAUCGGCCAUUCUCUGCUGCGUCCACACAUACCACGCUUGAGUGUGAACCACCAACCUGUCGACCCACCACUGCUGUUGCGCGAUGGUUUCUUCCGCAUGGAUGCUAUGCUGCAGCCCGGCAUCAUUGACGAAAUUUCGCGUGGUCUAGUCGCCACUCCCAUGGAAACUUUGGAUCAGUUCAUCACUGGCGAAGUUACUAAUCACUUGUUCGAAGACCGCAAAAUUCCCUUCUCCGGCAUUGAUCUUAUCGCGCUCAAUAUUCAGAGAGCACGUGAUCAUGGCAUUCCCAGCUACAACAACUAUCGCGCUCUUUGCAAUCUGAAACGUGCCGCUACCUGGAGCGAUCUGAGUCGCGAAAUGCCAAAUGAAGUUAUUAAUCGUUUCAAGAAAAUCUAUGCUUCCGUCGAUGACAUUGAUCUCUUCCCUGGCGCUAUGACCGAACGUCCGUUGCAAGGUGGUUUGGUUGGUCCUACAUUGGCUUGCAUUAUUGGCAUACAAUUUCGUCAACUGCGCAAAUGUGAUCGUUUCUGGUAUGAAAACGCUAAUUCUGAAGUACGUUUCACCGAGGCACAACUCGCUGAAAUUCGUAAGGUGACAUUGGCGAAAUUCAUUUGUGAUAACUUGGAGAUUCCUGGCGAUAUGCAACGUGCUGCUCUCGAUCUGCCCAGUAACUUCCUCAAUCCACGUGUGCCCUGCUCUUCCAUGCCGCAAAUCGAUCUAAGUUUGUGGCGUGAAAAUGUGCAAGGCUGUCAGAUAGGCAAUAGACAUGUGCGCGUUGGUGAAUCCGCAUUCCCAUCACCCUGUACCAGCUGUGUGUGCUCAGCCGAAGGCCCACAGUGCGCCUCGCUACGCAUUACCGAUUGCGGCCAACUGAUACGUCAAUGGCCCAAAGACGCCAUUCUACGUGAUGAAGUAUGCAACUCACAGUGUGGCAUCUAUUUGAAUGGCAACGGCAAUGGCGGCAACUUUGCGCAGGCGCGUCAAGCCUCAGUACAAGCACCGGUGCGUGUGCAACGUUCACGACCACAAAAUAUUUUCAAAUUCCCCGAUUUGACACCGUUCAUAGCGUCUUUGUAAAUGCGCAGCCGAAGAUGAUAGCAGCAAGGAAACCUACAUAUACAUACAUACAUACAUACUAUAUAGAGGAAGUAGCAGAAAAUGUCAGAAAGUCAAACACUUUUUGAUAGACGCUAUUUAGUGUAUUAAGUUAAGAUAAAAUAAAGUAAAAACCGCACAGAAAUUCGGCAAA